GAUCCGUUUACACAUGAUAAAAUUCGGCAUCUCUAUUGAUAUUUUGUUGAAAAAAAAUCACAUUCAGUCAUCACACAUAUCACAUUUUUAGGUCUACGUCCACGCAUUUAUUUUGAAAGUGCAAACGGAAUUUAAAUUGUGGUGGUGUCAGAUGCAAGACGCGGUGGACAGCAGCCGGACAGAUAUCUCCAAAGAUGGCAUCAGCCACAGCGACCUACGGACAAAAGGAGUCCUCAGACCAGAACUUUGACUAUAUGUUCAAGAUCCUAAUCAUCGGCAACAGCAGUGUGGGAAAAACCUCCUUCUUGUUCCGUUACGCCGAUGACUCCUUCACCCCCGCCUUUGUCAGUACGGUGGGCAUCGACUUCAAGGUGAAGACCAUCUACAGGAAUGAUAAGAGGAUCAAACUGCAGAUCUGGGACACAGCGGGUCAGGAGCGUUACCGCACCAUCACGACGGCUUACUACCGAGGUGCCAUGGGCUUCAUCCUCAUGUAUGAUAUCACUAACGAGGAAUCCUUCAAUGCUGUCCAAGAUUGGUCCACUCAAAUUAAGACUUACUCAUGGGACAAUGCCCAGGUGCUGCUGGUUGGAAAUAAAUGUGAUAUGGAUGAUGAGCGCAUGGUGAGUGGCGACAGAGGCCGGCAGCUGUCUGAACAUCUCGGUUUUGAGUUCUUCGAGGCCAGCGCCAAAGACAACAUCAACGUGAAGCAGACCUUUGAGCGUCUGGUCGACAUUAUAUGUGAAAAGAUGUCUGAGAGUCUGGAUGCUGGCGAUCCUGCCGUCACGGGGGCCAAGCAGGGGCCUCAGCUGACAGAGCAGCCUGCUCCACCACACCAGGACUGUGCAUGUUAAAAAUGCCCGUCUGCUUCCUUCUUGUCCUCCACGCUCCCAGCGGCUCCAGUGUCCAUCAAACUUUUCCACCAACUUUAUAGCUUCCUUCUUUUGACUGAGGACCGUUGGCUGAUGGUCUCGAGAACCAGCUUGUAAAAGUGUCUGAAAUUAUUCUCUGAGCAGACCAGUUCUUGAGGUGCACUUGUUUGCGACUCCAUCUAAUAGUUCAAAAAUCUUUUUAUUAUGUUCAAUCACACCACCAUAUUUCAGACUCUUUGCAACCUCAGGUUCGUCGGGAUUAUUUUAUUGUUUCUCUGCGUGUGUGUCUUUAAAUGGAUUCGACAGCAUCCAUCCACCCUCAGAGUGCCAUUGAAAUCCUUCUGAAGUUUACAAGUUCUUUUACAUUUGUUGGGAUCUAGCGGACAAGAACUCAACUGUGGAGUCAUGUGUGGUGUACUUGACAGGAGCCUCCUACCUAAAAUCCAUCUAUAUUCUCUUAGUUACACUGUUGGGUAUGAAUAUGUUUGUCUCGCCUUGUAUUUACAUAUUGUCCUGGAAGGUGUCAAGACCUGAGCUUUUUUUUUUUUUUUACAUUAAAAAAUAUAUAUAUAUUUAUUUUGCUACAUUAAGCACUGGAUGGAAGAACAAGAUUGAGGGGAAAAAAACAGUUGAGGAAAUUACAUUUUAUUUAUUUCAGAUGUAAAGAUGAUUAUUGUGCAAUACAUAUAUACAGGUGGGCAUUUCUCAAAAUAAACUUUAAAAGAUAUGAUGUUCUAUGAAGCUAUACUGUAUAUCUAUCAGGUCUAUGUUGUGAAGUUUGUGUGGAUGAUUUGUGUGUGAUGAACUCCUUAAGUCGGUGCCCCUGUUGAUUUGGUCUCAGGCAGCUUUGCUGAGAUUUUGCCAAAUCACGCGACAAAGCAGCCCUUGAAUUACCGAUAAAAGCUACACUUUCCAUCAUCCAGUUCAAAUACCACUUCUAUUCAAACAAUUUUAAUGAUUUAAUAUUCAGCGCCAUUGCAUUUAGCUAAUACUAU